AUGACCGAUUCUGAUAAUGACUCUGACUGUCAAGGCGCCGUGGCACAAUCCUCUUCUGACGACUGCAGCGCCGCCAUGAAUCUGCCUGACACCUUCUCUGCCGGAGUCGCCGCCAGUGUCGACAUUGUCCGAAGACUGCAUCAAGCUGCCCUGGAGCACGACCGAGCGACGCAGCCCAACAGGAGGAACCCGAGGACCAGGGAAGAGAAAUUUGCCCUCUACCAGGCAAGCUCGGAGUACGGUCGGACCCAGUUCCUGCUGGAUGCGUCUGAGCUGUGGCUGUUGGACGAAGCUGCCACAUACGGACAGGGCAUCGAGAGCAUGAUUCCGCAUGCGUCGGACUAUGUCUACAAGCACUACCCACAGUCCCACAUCGCCAACUCCACCGAUCCGGAGGAGCAGCUCAAGGCUAUCGUCCCCACGCAUGAGUCCCUCUUCCUGACGCUGCUGACUGCCUCCCAUCCCAGCAAUUUCCAUCCGUACGAGGACAAGAUCGGCUGGGUAGUUGCCUCGCUUCCGCUCUUCGCAUCCCACGCGGCGUCGGAGGUGUUCUGGAGCGAGAGCUUCGGCGAGGACCGCAAGACCCUGAUGUCCAAGCUGGGCAUCAAAGCCAGCACCAGGGACGAGCUCGUGUCACUGAGAGACAGCAAUGCUGUCCUGGAGACAAUGCCGCGUGGUUCCAUGCAGGUAUACCAGGAGCGAAAGGGUCUAUCACCUAUGGGAUACGGUCAGGGGUUCAAGCUCAACCUCUAA